CACGCGAAGCACACUAAUUACAUACCAAAUUACCGAACCAUUAACAAACAUUGCUGCUCUAGAGCUAAUUUCUCAUCCAAAUCUAAAUGGAUAAUCAAAACGAAACAUUGCAAUAACGUUACUAUCAAACAACAAACCCUAAAUUCUCUGGGCUUUGUUGGAUUCUGUAACCUACAUUCCCCAACAUUUUAAAAAAUUUCUUUCCAUACCCACCAAUUAUGCCUUAGAAGAAACCAAAAGGAAAAAAAAAGAGAGAAAGAAAGAAAAAAAAAGUUGAAAUCUUUGGUCAAAUUUCUUCAUGGGGAGGGACCCAUCUUCUGCCACUCUUGAGGUUAAGAUUCAUCCGAGCCGCGAUGACGCCGCCGUCCAUCAUGGGCAGGGGUCGAGCCCCCCAAUUCCUCCGCGCCACAGCCAGAGAACCUCGCCGGCGGGUUCCUCCUCCUCAUCCUCAAAUGCUACCCCGCGCAACCGCGAGGACCGUGAGUUUAGUUUGUUCAGGCGGUGGAUCCCAUGGCUGGUACCGUGCUUUGUGGUGGCUAACGUUGUCUUGUUCAUCAUCACAAUGUACGUUAAUGAUUGUCCGAAACAUUUGUUCCGUGGUUCGUGUGUUGCAAGCUUUCUCGGCAGGUUCUCUUUUCAGCCACUUAAGGAAAACCCUCUCCUUGGCCCUUCUUCAUACACAUUAGAGAAGAUGGGUGCUCUAGUAGUAGAUAGAGUUAUUCAUGGCGAGGCUUGGCGCCUAUUAUCUUGUAUGUGGUUGCAUGGUGGGGUUGUCCAUAUACUUGCCAACAUGUUGAGUCUUGUUUUUAUUGGAAUUCGGCUUGAGCAAGAAUUUGGAUUUGUUCGAAUUGGAUUUCUGUAUGUGAUAUCUGGUUUUGGAGGGAGCUUGCUGUCUGCUCUAUUCAUUCAAUCAGGUAUCUCUGUUGGUGCUUCUGGGGCGUUGUUUGGCUUAUUAGGAGGCAUGCUAUCAGAGAUCUUAAUAAAUUGGACGAUAUAUGCCAAUAAGGUUGCUGCAUUGCUGACUCUUAUAGUUAUCACUCUAAUCAAUUUAGCUGUUGGAAUCCUUCCACAUGUAGACAAUUUUGCUCAUAUUGGAGGAUUUCUCUCGGGUUUCUUCCUGGGUUUCGUUUUCCUUAUUCGACCCCAGUUUAAGUGGAUUGUCCAAAGAAAUUCUCCUUCUGCACCUUCUUCUUUGAAGAAUAGGCACAAACCUUAUCAAUAUAUCCUGUGGAUAAUCUCUUUCCUACUACUGACUUCUGGGUACAUUAUAGGCUUGAUUUUUCUCCUUCGAGGUGUUAACUUGAAUGAUCAUUGCUCGUGGUGUCGUUAUUUAAGUUGUGUCCCUACGUCAUUGUGGAGAUGCGAUGCAAAACAAGUAUACUGUGAGACAUCUCAAAUAGGAAACAGACUCAACAUAACAUGCUUAAGCAAUGGGAGAAGUGAGCUUGUUGAUAUGCCAAAUGUCGGUUUUCCCAGUCCUUUAGAGUUAUGUUCCCAACUUUGCCGGUGAUGAGUGAUGACACACCUCCAACAUGUCUAGAUGAUGCAGUGAUUCUGGUGGCCCCCCGUUGGUGUUAGUUGUAUAACAACAGAAGCAGUUAAAUCUGUUGUUGCAGUUGUUGAUACUUGAUAGGUCCUAUUGGCAGUUAGGAAUAUGGAAAAGACUAAUAAAGAAGUUAGUUGCUUGCUACUUAAUUUCAAGGGACCCCAAUUAAGACACAUAGGAAAAGGAAAAAGGGUAAAAAUGGCCAUGGGACAGUUUGAUUCUGUGGCUUUAAAAGAAAGGAAUGCUUUGAGUUUGAGGAUAUGUAUGAUAUGAUGAUAGUUUGCUUGCUUAACAAAUAAAACAUAGCUUCCCUUCCAAUGAAGUUGUCUCUUGAUUUGUCGGCAUGCCAUGCUCAUAACAGUAAUAUGGUCAUGUAAUAAUGCUUGAAACCAUUAUGAUUAUUUUAGGCACAAACUGUUACAAGGGACUGAGUAUAUGUAACUCACUAAUUGGUAUUCAUAUUUAUAAUUAACAAUAACAGUCAUUAAACCUUAUUAAUUAUUAUGAUGAUUAUUGUU